ACACCGGCGGAUGACGUUUCUUCAUUCAGUAAAAUGUUUACGUAUACCUCUGAUUCUGUUAAUUUUGGAUAUUCAAAAUUUAUAAUUUAAAAUUUAGUGUGGAAAAACCAGAAAAAGUUGUCCUGUAUAAGUGCUGUCGUUUAGAUGUGAAUAUUCGUUUGUUGUAUGAAAAAGGAAAAUGCACCGGAGCCAGCAAAACCUGAAUUAUUACGGUGCAACGCAAAUCAAAGAAUUUGGACUGUUCCUGGAGGAUUACGACGUUAGAUUGCAGCGGCUCUCAUCGACAAGCGGUGGCGAUGAUCCUCCAGUUCCCACGGUUUCAAUCCAGCUGGAUUCAUCGAAGGAAAAUCUGGGAAGCAUCCAGCUGAUCGACACCGACAAUAAAAUCCUGAACAAAAUCCUCUACUCGUUCAGUGCCCUGUGCCAUGAAGUGGACCGACUGAGGGAAGAAUUCGAGCUCAUCGUCCGGGAGUUUCUGUGCUUCGAUGAAGCGCUGGACGACAAUACGGAACAGCUGCGGGAGGACAGCACGAUUGCCGUGGACCGAUCCUCGCUGCUGGCCAUUAGUGGCAAAAUUGAACUGCUGGCCAGGAUUAAGUGCUACUUUGAACGGAUCGUGGAGGUGGCCGUGGUCAUUGUGCUUCAGCUGGGGGCGCUGUUUGACCCGUCGAAUAAGCUUGGACACUUCAAUCACUCCAAUUGGGAGAUGGACCUAAUGUUCAAUUACUUAUCGGAUUUGAUGUAUAUGCCAUUGCUGUUCGACUGCGUCCUCGGAAGUUCAAUGUUCAAAACGUAUUGGAAGUUUUACAUGAAACAGAUGCGAGCUCUGAAAAUGAAUCCACAGAAGCUGUCGAAACCCAUCAAAAUGGACCAAAUCUACGAUUUGAACAAAGCGAUAGAUGAAAUUUCGGUGUGGCUUGAUGAGAAUGCCUAUAAGCACAUGUUGGAAGCCAUGUUCAAUGCCAAGCAGAAGUUGGUUCUCGAGUCGGCAAACGUUUUGUCGGAUAAGUUUAUGAAAUAUAUCAGACAACGUUUAGUAGAGGUUGGCAGUUAUAAUGCCAAUCUGUCUAGCAUUGACGAGACUACCAACGUCGUUAAGCUCAAUGCCAUGAUUAACUUGUAUCAUUACAUAUUCGUGAGCAUUGACAACAAGGUGGUUAAAAGUUUGAUGGAUAUCAAUGAUAAGUUUUGUGGCGUGCCGCUUAUCGGGAAAGUGAUGUGGAUUCCGGACGACUUUUUCCGGAAAUAUGGCCACAAGUCGAUUCGCGAUUGCGAUCGCAACGAUUACCGCAAGGCACGUGAGGCUGCCCUUAUCUACCGGAAGAAAAGCAUGGUCAAGGAAAUCCUCGUAUAUUGUAUCCAGAUAACGAGCUGGUUGGUUCGGACCACGGCUGCGUUCAAGACGACAAAAUACGACACCACGUUGGACACUUUGCGGCAAAAGUGCGGCCUAAUCUUCGAGGGUAUUCACUACGCCCAGGAGAUCAGCUUUCUGGUGCAAUCGAUAACGUCGCUGCAUUUGCUGAUGCACGAAUCCAUCAGCCAGCAAAUGUUUCAUGCGGUGGGAAAAUUGCUAGAAUAUCUACAGGCCGUUCAGAACUUUUUCGAUAGCAAUCAGCAAGCCAUCGCAGAAACGAACCAGUUCAUCAUUCAACAUUUGCAGCAUAAGAUCUUCGUUAUUGUGGCACAUUCAAAGAAAAAGUUAAUAACCGAUGCUAAACAAGCCAAGCUAAAAAAGAGCGAAAUUUUCAUCGAUAAACUGUCGGCCUUCCACGUCAUAGAACGCUGUAUGAGUGGACCGGCGAAUCGCACCCGUUUGACCAUCGCACGUUUGGCCAUUUCCAUAAGUGAUCCGCGUCAAACUCUCUCUCCCGAGAGCUACGAAAAAAUCCGCAUACUUUUGGAUCAACUGGACAUUCUGGCCAAUCUGCAAACUAAGCUUCGAAACCUCAGCGAUACACAAUUUCUGUACUGGCACCAAACGUUCUUUUCGCUGUACGUUUCCGAUUUCUACGACCAUAAUACAGCUCAGAACAACUUGAAAUAUUUGUUGCAAUCAGCUGCUACCUGUUGCGAAUCUGUAAGCCAAGUUGCCUCCGAUAAUACCACGCAAAAUGCCAUAGCUGUUUUAUCGAAAAACCAUCGGAAAUCAUUUCAAGAUAAAUUGCUACAUCAAAUAAGCAAUCACAUUGAAACGUACAUCCGGCUAGACUACUAUGGGAAAACGUACCAGAUUGAACCGUACAAUCCUUUCACCGAUACCACAAUGGCACUGAGUAACAUCUACUCUCUGGUGAGGAUGGAACCCAUCCUUGUCGGAGGUCAGUACCUAAGCGUGAAGGAACACGUUGAACGAUAUCUGAGCAACACGUACUACACGUUGGCGUCGAUUUCGCAACAUGAUUGGAAGAUCUACAAGGAAAUGCGAUGUCACGCGGCCUGUUUCCAGAUUGAAACCAUCGAGGAUCAGCUACCUAAGCAAACGUUAGAGCAGGGGCUGGAUGUGCUGGAGAUUAUGCACAACAUCGAACAUUUUGUAAGCCACUACGUGUACAAUUUGAACUUCCAGAUAUUCAUCGAACAGUCGAGCACCAACCACUUCCUGAACACGGUCAACAUUGGACACAUUGCGAAUUCGCUGCGGCGCCACGGCAACGGCAUCAUUAACACUACGGUCAACUACACAUACCAGUUUCUUCGGCAAAAGUUCUUCGCCUUUUCGGACUUUUUGUACGAUGAACAGAUCAAAGCUCGUUUAACCAGCGACGCUAAAUAUUUCCUAGAAAAUGGCGAGGCGCUCAACCAAACGUAUGAUUACAAUCGAGCCAAUGCCUUCAAUCGCAAAAUAAAGAACCUAGGCCUGUCGGAAGCAGGCGAAACCUAUAUGGAUCUGUUCAGGAAGUUGAUUUGUCACAUUGGCAAUGCCAUGGGAUACGUUCGGAUGAUACGUUCCGGAGCGCUGCAUGAAUGUACGGAAGCUACCGUAUACUUGCCCGUCAUAGACGGGGAUCUCAAUUUCUCAAAAUUUUGCAAAGAAGAAUCCUUGCACGAGUUGACGAUCUCAGCGGCGGAAAUCUUGGAAAAUGAUAUCAACAACUUGUGUAAAAACUAUCGAAUCGAUACCAACUAUUUCCGUUUGCUGGUGAAUGCCUUUCUGUCUUUACGGCACGCGGAAAAUAUUCAUCUGCAAAACUUCUACAUGAUUGUACCCCCUCUGACCAUCAACUUUGUGGAGUACAUUUUGAAGGCGAAGGAGAAAAUUACCAAGAAGGAUAAAGUAGGUGCCUUAUUUACCGACGAUGGAUUUGCCAUGGGAAUUGCUUACAUCCUCAAACUGUUGGACCAAACUACUAAGUUCAACUCCCUGCAUUGGUUCCGUUCGGUGAAGAACAAAUACAGCCAGGAAAUCGAAAAACUAGAUACCCAACAGCAGCAAUCGGACAAAACGACCGACGGCGACAAAUUGCAGCAAACAUUCGCUUUGACGCGAAAACGGCUCAACAUGGUCCAGCAGGAAUUUGAUCUUCUGUUUUGUAAUUUGAGCAGUGCAAAGAUAUUCUUCAACGACGCUGUGGAUUAACGGGAUCGUGUUUUCUCAACUACCUGUACUAGGUAAGUGCAUGCUAGAUUAAUCGUUAAUGGACAUUUAUUCCAAAUAGAACUGAUCCAAAAGUA